GCUGAGAGAGCGCACUUCUCUCACUGAAUCACGGCGCAGCUGUCAUUAUGGGCUCUUUAUAAGCAACAAUAGACAGCUCUUUGAUGUUCUCAAUGACGCUAGAUACGACAGAUUUUACUUUGUCGUCUUAAUAUUGGCAGCGAAUCUCAACAUCAUCGCGCUCUUUGCGCACUACGUGGACGACAGCCACUGUGAGAGAUCAUUCAACGGACAUAAGUUAAACUGACACCCGAUGUAAGUGUUGUCACCCUCGGGGUAUUUUGAGGAUGCGGAGAUCACCUGUGGAUGAUGCUAACUGCCUAUCGAGAUACUUCUUUUGGUGGACAAACCCUAUUAUGAGAAAGGGUUUUAGAGAGAAACUGAGGCCAUCUGAUGUUUAUCAAGCUCCCAGUGAAGAUACAGCAGAUGUCCUAGCAGAGCGUUUGGAAAAAGAAUGGGACAGAGAUGUUGCCUCCGGCAGGAAAAAACCCAGUUUACUUCGAGCACUGGCACGAUGCUUCCUAAGACCUUUUCUGUUAUUUGGCAUCCUUCUGUAUAUAGGCGAGGUCACAAAAACAGUGCAGCCUCAGCUUUUAGGACGGAUCAUUGCAUCAUUUGACCCAGCCCAUGAUCCAGAACGAGACAUGGGCUACUUUCUUGCCCUGGGCCUUGGUUUGCUGUUCACUGCCCGUUUUCUUCUUCUCCAGCCAGCCAUGUUUGGGCUGCACCGCCUGGGCAUGCAAAUCAGGAUUGCUCUCUUUAGCAUCAUCUAUAAAAAGACCUUGAAACUUUCUAGCCGAGUCUUGGACAAGAUCAGCACAGGUCAGCUGGUCAGUCUGAUGUCAGCCAAUCUUGGAAAGUUUGAUCAGAGCUUAGGUAUGGCCCAUUUUGUUUGGAUAUCACCGCUGCAGUGCAUCCUGUGUACCGGUCUGAUCUGGGAACUCAUUGAUGUCAACAGCUUCUGUGCACUGGCCGCAAUUUCUUUACUGGGGGUCCUGCAAGCAUUUCUCUCACAUAAAAUGGGUCCUUACAAAACACAAAAGGUUCUGUUGACCAACAAGCGUUUGGCUCUGACCUCAGAGAUCAUGGAGAACCUGCAUUCGGUGAAGGCUUACGGCUGGGAGGAGAUAAUGGAGACACUCAUCAAGAACAUCAGACAGGAUGAGGUAAAGCUGACCAGGAAAAUUGGCUCCCUGCGUUACUUCUACAGCUCUGCGUACUUUUUCUCUGCCAUCUUUGUGAUUGUGGCGGCAGUGGUGCCUCACGCCCUCAGUCGCGGCAUCAACCUGCGCCGCAUAUUCACCACUCUCUCUUAUUGCAUGGUGCUGCGUAUGACCGUCACACGACAGCUGCCCGGUUCAAUUCAGAUGUGGUACGACACCAUGCGUCUCAUUUGGAAAAUUGAAGAAUUUCUUAGUAAUGAAGAAUACAAGUUAUUGGAGUAUGACCUCAGCAUCACAGAUCUGGAUCUGAAAAAUGUCACUGCUUCUUGGGAUGAGGGUACCGGCGAGCUUUUGGAAAGGAUCAAGCAGGAGAACAAAGCUAAUGGUCAUCCUAAUGGAGAUGCAGGCCUCUUCUUCACUAACCUGUGUGUCACUCCUGUACUGAAGGACAUCAGCUUGAAUCUGAAGAAAGGGGAGAUGUUGGCUGUUACUGGUUCUAUGGGAUCUGGGAAGAGCUCAUUGUUGAUGACCAUCCUCGGAGAGCUGGUUCCCUCCUCCGGGAAGAUCCGACACAGCGGUCGAAUCUCCUACUCCUCCCAAACAGCCUGGAUCAUGCCUGGCACCAUCCGAGACAACAUCCUCUUUGGUCUGACCUAUGAUGAGUACCGAUACAAUAGUGUGGUCAAAGCAUGCCAGCUCGAGGAGGAUCUGGCUGCUCUGCCUGAGAAGGACAAGACUCCUAUGGCUGAGGGGGGUUUGAACUUAAGUGGGGGUCAGAAGGCACGUGUGGCUCUGGCCAGGGCUGUAUAUAGAGAUGCUGAUGUUUACCUGCUUGAUGCACCUUUUACUCAUCUGGACAUUGCAACAGAAAAGGAUAUUUUUGAAAAAUGUCUGUGUAAGCUGAUGGCCUCCAAGACACGCAUCCUGGUAACAAAUAAGAUUGACCACUUGAAGCGUGCUGAUAAGAUCCUACUGCUCCACAAUGGUGAAAGUUUUUUCUACGGCACCUUUUCAGAACUUCAGUCAGAGCGACCUGAUUUCAGCUCUUUGCUUCUGGGUUUGGAGGCCUACGACAACAUCAGCGCCGAACGCCGUUGCUCCAUCCUCACUGAGACCCUCCGGCGUGUUUCGGUGGAUGAGAGCGCGGGUGCGCGUCCUCAGCGUUCCUCCUACCGUCAGAUCGCCCCCUCUAAGCCUAUGUACUUAGAUGAGCGCAAACCUUCGGUGAUCAUCAAUCCUCUCGGAGCGGCUCGGAAAGCAUCCUUCAUUCAGUCACCAGAGGAAGAGGUUCGGAGGACGUUACCAGACCGCAAGUUCUCCCUUGUACCUGAGAACGAGCUAGUGGAUGAAUCGUUCAUGGGAAGUGACGUGUAUCACAAUCAUGGAGUCCAUAUGGCUGGUCAGAGGAGACAGUCUGUGUUAGCCUUCAUGACCAAUGCACAAGGUCAAGGCCGACGUGACCACCUUCAGUCGUCUUUCCGUCAACGGCUCUCCGUCGUCCCUCAGGGCGAACUGGCCUCUGAGCUGGACUUCUACACCCGCCGUCUGUCCAACAGUGCAUAUGACAUCACCGGAGUCCUAGAGGAAGAGAACACUGAGGUGUGCUUAAUUGAUGAAAUCGAUGAAAUAGAGGAGGUAUUCGAAACGACAAAGUGGAACACAUAUGUCAGAUAUGUGUCUAAUAACAAAAGUCUUCUUUAUGUUCUGAUCUUCAUCUUCAUUAUUGCUGCAGUUGAGGUUGCAGGUUCUGUGGCAGGAAUUUUUCUCAUAACUGAUGACCUUUGGAAAGAAGAGCAUCACCGAUUUGACCCAAAUAUGACCAAGUCCAACAUGUCCUUACCUGAAAAGAGCAAGGCCAUCAUUGUGACCCCCACAAGCAGCUAUUACAUCCUCUAUAUAUAUGUGGCCACUUCAGAGAGCAUACUGGCAAUGGGAUUCUUCAGAGGUCUUCCAUUUGUCCACACUAUGAUCACAAUCUCCAAGAAACUGCACCAGAAGAUGUUUCAUGCUGUCCUUAGGGCACCCAUGUCUGUGCUGAAUACCAUGAAAACAGGCCGAAUCAUGAACAGGUUCACCAAAGACAUGGCCACAAUCGACGACAUGCUUCCUCUCCUCAUGUUUGACUUUGUUCAGUUGACUUUGGUGGUGGUGGGAUGUAUUCUUGUGGUGUCCAUUGUGAGGCCGUACAUAUUCCUUGCGGCUACUCCACUUGCCAUCAUCUUCAUUGUGAUGAGGAAGUAUUUCCUCCGUACAGGACAACAGCUGAAGCAGCUUGAGACAGAAGCUCGGAGCCCAAUUUUCUCUCACCUCAUCAUCUCACUAAAGGGUUUGUGGACCAUCAGGGCCUUUGAGCGUCAGGCCUACUUUGAGAACCUGUUCCAGAAGGCCCUCAACACCCACACUGCCACCUGGUUCCUCUACCUGUCGACCCUGCGAUGGUUCCUCUUCCGCGCCGACAUCAUCUUUGUGUUCUUUUUCACGCUGACCGCCUGGAUUGCGGUAGGAACCAACCAGGAUAAACCGGGUGAGAUUGGUAUCGUCAUAUGCCUGGCAAUGCUCAUUCUAGGCACCUUCCAGUGGUGUGUUGCCACCAGCAUCGCGGUGGAUGGAAUGAUGCGUUCUGUUGACCGGGUUUUUAAGUUCAUUGACCUCCCGUCUGAAACACCCAAAUCCAAACUGGACCAAGGGAAAGGCUCCGACCUGAUUAUUGAGAACAAAGAUGCCCGGACCGACACAGUAUGGCCCAGCCAUGGUCAGAUCGAUGUGCGCAAUUUGAUGGUCAAAUACACAGAGGCGGGGCACGCUGUUCUUAAAAAUCUCUCCUUUACUGUGGAGGGGGGACAGAGGGUGGGUAUCUUGGGCCGGACAGGUUCAGGAAAGAGUUCUCUAUUCAAUGCUCUGCUGAAGCUGGUGUACACUGAUGGUGACAUCUCCAUCGACGGAGUAAACUGGAACAAAAUGCCUCUUCAAAAGUGGAGGAAAGCUUUUGGCGUGGUGCCUCAGAAAGUCUUCAUCUUCACGGGAACAUUCCGCAUGAACCUGGACCCUUAUGCUUGCCAUAGUGAUGAGGAGCUGUGGCGGGUUGCUGACGAGGUUGGUCUGAAGUCAGUAAUUGAGCAGUUCCCUGACAAACUGGACUUCCAGCUGGAAUAUGGAGGCUACGUUCUGAGUUACGGCCACAAGCAGCUCAUCUGUCUGGCACGCUCCAUCCUCAGCAGAGCCCGCAUCCUUCUGCUGGACGAACCUAGCGCUCAUCUCGACCCCAUGACAGUAAAGGUAUUAAAGAAGACACUGCGACAGUCUUUUUCCACAUGCACUAUAUUACUAUCUGAACACAAAGUGGAGCCACUUCUUGAGUGCCAGUCAUUCUUGAUGAUGGAAAAGGGUCAGGUGAAGCCUUACGAAUCCAUCCAGAAGCUGCUGAAUGAGACCAGUCACCUGAAGCAGGCCAUAAGUCCAGCGGAGUGUCUCAAACUGUUCCCCCGGCGUAAUUCUAGCAUGCGCGCCCCUCAGACCAAACUCAGCUCAGUGACUCAAACGCUACAGGAAGAGGCAGAAGACAAUAUCCAAGACACUCGCCUCUAAACAUCUCAAGCUUGUUUUUCCUCCAAAUGGUACAUUAUAGGAUGGACUUGUCUGUGAAACACAUUUGAGGAGAUAUAAACAAGAUUCAUAACCUUUGAUAGAAUUCAGGUGGAGGAACGCUUUAAUGUCAAAGGAGGUACUCCAGAGCCUCACACAAUGAGACAUAAUAAAUGAAUAAUUGAACGCUGUAAAAACGGUAUCAUAUAACUUUUAGGAUUCAUCUCUCUUGAUCACGUUUCAAGUCAAAUGUUUUCAUUUCUCUUUGACGAUCUAAUUUAUUGUGUUGAUGUUAAACCAUAUCUGCAAGGAUUGUAUUAAUCAUGACAAUGAAACAAUGAAAUGGGAAUUUCUAUAUUUUCUUGUUUCUUUAGGCAAGUCAUUAAACUAGGAAAGGCACGAACUAGAUUUUAUUUUAUUAUUUCAAUAUGUAAAUAUAUAAAUGCAAAACUUGCCAACAAAUAUAUUUUUCA